AUGUGUGAAGCAACAAACUUCGUCAUAACUUCAUCAAAAAGACAAAUAUCAGAGAGAAGACGAGCUUUGUUCAGAAGUGUUGAUGGCGAUAUGUUUUACCCACUGUCGGUGUGGCCAAAUGAUAUGAGAAGUGCGUUUCGGAAGAAACCAAUUGGUGAUGAAGAAACAUUUAAGUUAGCGCUGUUCCUGAUGGGCAAUGGCUGUCCGCCAACAAUGAUAAAAGAUUGGAUUGUGUCUUCAACAUUUUGGGAUAAAAAUAAAACAGUCAAACGAUGGGAACAAGUAAAUUGGAUUAUAGCGAACAUUACUAAACAUGAGAGAAGAUGGUUUUAUUUUGAUUUACAUUUCAGAAAGUUUUUGUAUAUGGAUCGAUCUGA